UUUCUAAUAAUGUCUGCAAACGAAGGUGAAGGUGAGGGCGAAGGCCAGUACAGAUUUGAAGACUCUCCUGCGAUAAAUAUUCAGACGCAGGAAGAGGACACCCAGUCUCCUGAAGAACAUGUGCAGGAGGAGAGUUAUUAUAUUGAGAAAUAUAACCUUAACCGUUGGGAAGCUCUGUAUCAGAAGGAUAAUAUGCAGAGACAGAAGAGGACAGAGGAGAUCAAAUAAGCGUCAACAAGAGUAUGAACAGGAGUUAUUAGAGGAGUGUAGCUUCCAACCGAAGAUCAUCAAGAAUGAGAUUUAUGGACAGAAUCUUGAGGAAGAACCUGAUUUGACUACUUAUGAUCGAUGCACUGAGUGGCGCAGAGCUGUUGAUAAUAAAGUCUCUAAGAUUAAAGAGAAGAAUGAUAGGAAAGAGAAGGGUAAAUGAACAUUUAUGCCACAGCUCCAAGCGGAUUAUAAAAAUUCUAUUAAGGGGUACAAGAAAUUAGAGAAGAAUAUUAAUAAGAAAGCUAUUGAUAAGUACCUUGAAAGAAUGAUCAUUACCCGACUCAGAGAGGAAGAAAAACAAAUGAAGGAGCAUAAGAAAUGAGGGUCUGGCAAUCUUUGGAAUGUCUCUAGCACAGUUCCUUCAGUCCCUAAAUUGUCGAAGAAUGUGGGUUCUAAGUCAACACAUAAUAUAUGCCGACCCCAGACUGAAGAGCUUAACUAUUUGAUGUCUUCUACCCCUUCUAAGGAGCAUUUUUCAAGAUUUAACAAAGAAAAGGAUCAGUUUAUUCAGUUCCAACCGAAAAUGAGCUAUGGAGAGGCAGUAAACCUGAUACAUUCCUCAAUUCUUUCUCUUGGGGACUAAUAUUUGACUUAAAUAUCUUCAAUAU